AUGCGGCCACCACGAAUCCUAAAUCCCACAAGCGAGGUUCGAAGCAUCCUCGCCCUGGGCAACCGGCAACCGUCGCGAUGGCUCUCCUCUUCAAGAGCCUUGCAAGCUCUUCGGAGCGGGAGCAGCACCUCGUCAUCGACUCUGGCUGGCGCAAGCUUCUUCCUGUCGAACCGAGCGUUUGAUCGAUCCAAUUGUCUUGAUUCAAUUGUCUCAAGACAUCGAUCACGGCCGACUUCAACAUCAACGAGCCACAAGCGAACCCAAACCACCGGAACAUUCACCGCAAACAUCCAACACAAGCCCCAAUUGGCUUCGCAACUACCUCCUCAUCGUCGAAGGCAGGCACGAAAACAAGCCAGUGCGACUGAAGCCGCUCCCGAUGCUUCUUCAUCAGAUGGCACGCUACCGGCAAAUGCGUCCACCAUCCUCACAAACGUAGCUGCGGCGCAACCAGCCCAUUCCUUCCGCCGCACGCUCUCGACAUUCUUAUCUCUGUCUAAGCCACGACUCACUGUGCUCGUGGUACUGACAGCCAUGGCGCCGUACGCCUUAUAUCCUGUCCCCGAGAUGCUCAUGCCCACCAUGACCGAAACGCCGAGUCUGAGUCCAUUGACGCUCUUGUUUCUUACCACGGGUACAGCUCUCUGUUCUGCGAGCGCAAAUGCCCUUAAUAUGCUUUACGAACCGUCUACCGAUGCCAAAAUGUCGCGAACAAGAAACAGACCGCUUGUGCGGAAGCUGGUGUCACCUCGGGUGGCAGCGCUCUUUGCGGUGCUUGCUGGCGCGACUGGUGUUGGAGCUUUGUAUUUCGGCGUCAACCCCACCGUUUCCUUCUUGGGCCUUUCGAAUAUAGUCCUUUACGCCGGCAUAUACACGCCAUUAAAAGCCGUCACGGCAUUCAAUACCUGGGUCGGUGCGGUUGUCGGCGGCAUCCCGCCGCUAAUGGGCUGGGCAGCUGCCGCCGGCGAAACUGCCACCAAUGAUGGAUCAUGGCGAGAGCUUCUGUUUGCCGGCGACGGCUCCUCAAUAGGUGGCUGGCUACUUGCCGGUCUUCUCUUUGCCUGGCAAUUUCCGCACUUCAUGGCCCUCAGCUGGUCCAUUCGCGAAGAAUACAAAGCUGCGGGCCUACGCAUGCUGGCGUGGACGAAUCCUGCUCGCAAUUCCCGCGUGGCACUCCGCUACAGCGUCAUCUUCAUCCCUCUGUGUCUGGGCCUCUGUGCUGCCGGCGUGACGGAAUGGUCCUUUGCGGCAACCAGCCUCCCCAUCAAUGCAUGGCUCAUUCACCAGGCCGUGCAGUUUUGGCGGUUCGAAGGGCACAAAGGCAGUGCCCGUGGCCUCUUCUGGGCAAGUGUAUGGCACUUACCGGGCGUCAUGAUACUGGCGCUCCUCCACAAGAAGGGCAUGUGGAGCCGCGCGUGGAAGAGUGUAUUUGGCGAUGAGGACGGUGAGUGGGAGGAAGAAGAGUUGGAAGAGAUGGCUAGUAUGACUGCAGCCAAUGUUGCCGAGAAGGCAGAGGCUGUUCGGUCGAACUGA